GUGAUUCCUCGCGUUCGCCACUCUCUCGGCCAGUCACCAACCGCACGUCGCGCAGUUUAUUAGAGGGGAAAGAGCAGAGGACGGAAAGAGGAAAAAAUUAAAUAAAUAGUGAUCCGAUCGACAAGACGACGCGAGCGAGACGGACGCGGCGCACAAAUACGACGUGACCGAUCGGCCGGCCGUUUCUCGAGUAAUAAUACCUAAUACAAAUAUUAAAAAACGAAAAACGGGCCGCGGCAGUGACCUUUUUUUCCGCGCAAAUUUAUCCGUUCGAUUUUUUUUUUUUUUCAUUACCUAACUACGUUUUUGCGCGUUCGACCUCUAACGUGUUGCAAAAUUCGAGAUCGUGAUCCACCUGCGUAGGUACCUAUUUGUAUACCUACUAUACUCAUACGUAGUUUUUCCGUUGGUUUAAAAAAAAAAAAAAGUUGUUUUUCGAGCUUUUGGAUUACGAAAACCACGGAGAUACCGCCGUGUUUGGCAGGUCGGGUCACCCCGUGACAAUAUUUUGGCCUUUGAUCGGCCAUUGGUCGCCGAAGACAUAAUAAUAUUAUCCUCGACGACGAGUCACCCGCUAAUCGCCAGUUCGCUCACCGCGUACCCACCGGCGGUAUGCGGACGCCGUGCGAAGCGGGCACUGGCGUCCGGCGCGACGGACCCUGACCCGGCGGUACCCUGCCCGGUACCACCCAGCAAUGGCCUAAAGUCAUGGUGAAACGGUCGCACUGCAACAGCAGCAACAGCGGUGGCGGCCACCGGCGGAGUGUUGUGGUGACGGUCAGCGUAUUGGCGUUGUACGCCGUGUUGUGCGGUGGCGCGGUGUCGGGCACGUCACUCGGGGACCGGACCGCGUAUUACGGAGUCGCGGUGGCCGCAGAACGGGUGGACGACGCGGCAGUGGUGGCCGCGGUCGCGGGCUCGACAGCCAGGAACGGCAGGUCGGCGACUAACCUGUCGCACAUAACAGGCACCGCCAGGAAAAUCAAAAUGUUCAUCAAAAACAGAUACCUGCAGGUGUUCCCGGACGGCACGGUGAACAGCACGGCCGAGGAUACGAACGAUUAUGUUAUCCUGCAAAGAACUUCGGUGAACAUGGGGCAGCUAAACAUCCAAGGCGUAGCGACUUGUAUGUACUUGUGCAUGGACGCAUGUGGCUUACUUUAUGGCUCGAAGGAUUUCGAGGAUGAAUGCGUGUUCAACGAGAUGAUCGAACAAAACCAUUACAACACGUACUCGUCGGUCAAGUACACGAACGACCGACGCACCCUUUAUCUGGCGCUCAACAAGCGGGGCACGCCGCGCAAGGUACAGAUAAAAGCGGACGCGCCGCUUGGCAAGCUGUCCACGUAUACGCGGGUGCUGACGCAACCGGUGCCGGCGGAACGGGUGGAACGGCUGUUGGCCAACCGGCGCCCGUUGCAGUCGGCCGAGUGGCCGGCGUCCAUACCGCACGCGCACCGUCACCAACACGCUUGUCCGCCGCACGUGGGACCGCCGCACGCCACCGCCAAGCACCGCAAGUCCCAAGGCCGUAAAUGCCAAGUCAAAGGCGGUGGCGGCGGCGGCCGGAAGAAGAACAAGGACGACGGGAACAGGGACAGCGGCAGCAGAGAGGACGAAGACUGCGGAGGAGGCGGAAACAAGAAGAAGAACAACAACCGGUGUGGCGACGGUGGCGACGAGACCAAUCACCGGAAGGUGGACGCCGCUGGCCGGAAAAAGAAAUCGAAAAAACCCACGACCGGCGGCGGUAAAGGCGGCAAAGGCGAUAAACCGCAACGGCAACACGGCGCUAAGGCCGGGAAAAAAUCGGAGACGGACGCUCCGCCACCGGAACCCGUGGUCGCGGUCCAGCCCGCGGUUACCACGGUUGUCGCACCGUCGUUGAUCGUCGACGCGGACGGCGGUGGCGGUGGCGGCGAAGACGACGACGACGACGACGACGCGGCCGCGGCUUUGGCGGCCACGGCUCCGACAGACGAGUUCCUACAUUUUAACGACAAUUAACCGUAAUAAUAAUAAUAAUAAUAAUAAUGAUAAUAAUAAUACAAUAAUACAUAAUAUUACACGCACAUUAAAAUAAUAUAUUAUUGUUAUUACUAUUAUUGUCAUAUUAUAUUUAUUAAAUACAAAUAUACAGUACUGCUUUUCUUAUAAUAUUAUAUAAUAUAAUUAUCAUUUAUUCUAUAUUAUUAUUAUUAUUAUUAAUGUCGCGUUCGCCGCGAUCGGUUCACAUCGACCGCGUUCGACCUACGACCACAAAAUAAUAUAUAUAUAUAACGUAAAUAUAUUACAAUAUUAUGCCUACUAUACUUAUUACUUAUACUUUAUCCGAAACUACAUAGGUGUUUAUAGUGUUAUACAAUAUAUAUAUAUAUCCUCUUAAGCUGUACGUGCAUGCAUGCGACCAUCGUUAUAUUUAUAAUAAUAUAUUAUACGUCAUAUUAAAAGUACAUAAACAUUAUGAUAUAGUUGUAAACUUAUUGAUUAUUAUAUUUUUAUUAUACGCGACCCGAAAAAAAAUUACAAUAUUAUCCAUAAAGCCUGCCCACCCGCAGCUCAGGUCCGUGUAGAAUCAUCACACACGCCGUUGCCGCCGAUCACGAGUGCUUAUAUAAUAAUAUAAAUAUACGUAUUUCCCGCGUCUGGAGUCUAUCCGCAGUUAUACCUCCACCUCGCCCGCCCGCCCACUCAGGAUUUCAAAAGAUAUCGUUAACCGUUUUUUUAUUUAUUUUUUUUUCGUAUAUACUUCGCAGCAUCACCCAUCGGUAUUCAGUGAACGUUCAGUAUUCUUCGGUAUAAAAUUUACGAUAAUAAUAUUAAAAUAUAAGUAUAAUGUAUAAUAUAAUGCAUAUUGGGUACGAUUCCUGCAGAUUUGUAUAUAUUUCCGUAGACUUCCCCCGUACAAUGUGCCAUUUUUAAGUUAUAAUACAAAGCGAAAAACACGUUAAAUUCAUUUAUCAAUUUCGUAUUUUCCUGAUAUUACCCAUGUCAUAACUCCGUAUUGUCGUGUCUUAUUCUGAAUGACAUUGUACACCGCACGGUAAAAAUAUAUAUAGACGAAAAACUUGUCCGGCUCUAUCAAAUGUAGUAGGUAUUCUAGCAAGGCAUUAGAACGCGCAUGCAUUAACGUGUGUGUUUAGACAAUAUAAAAAUUUGUUUACAUUCCAAAUUUCGAAUAGUAUAAAAUGUACGUGACAAACGAGCAGCGUUUUAAAUCGUCGCGACCUUAUGUUAUUAUUAAUAAUAAUAAUAAUAAUAAUACAUUCAUACCAGUCCGAUUAACGGCGAAUAUUUUAUUAUAUACCAAAGUUCGUCCCUCACCGAAUCUAAAAUACCAAUUCGUGAAAUCUCGCGUGCUUGAAAGACGCAAAAAUGUUUUUGUAAAAAUAAAAAAUACAUUUUUAUACCAAAUAAGUUUAUAUAAUAUUUUAGUUUUCCUAUGUUGUACAAAUUUAUAUUAAAUUCUCAUUUUUUUUUCAAUAUGUAAUUUUUAAAUGUGCCUGACUAGUUUUAUUUAAUGCAUACAUUAGCAUUACGAUAUAUAUAUACAUUAUUAUUUAUUAACUGUCCGUUCGCGGUAAUUUAAAAUUUUCCCAUAGCGAUUUUAAUGAAUAUUAAGUGAAAAAUAUGAAUUUUUUUCCUAAGAAGUAAAAUAUAAUAGUGAUUUUUGUACUCUAUAUUUUUUUUUAAAUAUUACAGAGAAAAACACCUAGUCAAUAUUCGUUAAAUAAGUGUUUAGAUCAUUGGAGAGAAGUAUAUAAUACAUGUAAAUGAAAAAACAAAAUAAACAAUAUUCUGAGUUUUGUAUUUUUAGAGAUUUUGUUUUAUUCUUACUUAUUCAUAUUAUUAAUUAACGUAAAAAUCGUAUACACCUCUCUCCGGUGAUCGUGGAACUAGUGUGUUUAUUACUUAAGUAUUAAUUCUGAAAGCGGCUCGCGUUGUUGUGUCCAUCGUAUUAUGUAUGUAUUUGUACUAGAUAAUAUUUUAUCUAUAACACUAUUACCUGUAUAAGUAUAUCGCGUAUACUUAUAUUAUAGUCCAUCAUUGUUUAUUUAUACUACUACCAUUUAUAUGUUCCCAAAAAUGAUUGUUUGUGUUAGUUUGAUAUUGUAACCAUUGUAAAACAAAUGUUGUGACCAAAAACGAGAAAAAAAUCAAACCGUUCAAAUAUAAUAUUAAAGUACCUAAUAUCAUUAUGAUUUCAUUUUAUUGUAAAUAAAUGUCAGUAUUUUUAAAUGUUCCAAAAAUAUAUUUAUUCAACGUAAUUAUAUACAUUUAAGUAUAAAGGUA